CUUGGUGCCCUCCAUUGAGAUCCGGAGGAUCCAAGGACCGUGUAGCUACGAUGUUGUCAAGACUUUUCCGUAUGCAUGGCCUCUUGGUGGCCUCCCAUCCCUGGGAAGUUAUUGUGGGGACAGUGACACUCACCAUAUGUAUGAUGUCCAUGAACAUGUUUACUGGCAACAACAAGAUCUGUGGUUGGAAUUAUGAGUGCCCCAAAUUUGAAGAGGAUGUACUGAGCAGUGACAUCAUCAUCCUCACCAUCACACGGUGCAUUGCCAUCCUGUACAUUUACUUCCAGUUCCAGAACUUACGUCAGCUUGGGUCGAAAUACAUUUUGGGUAUCGCUGGCCUGUUCACAAUCUUCUUGAGUUUUGUCUUCAGUACAGUCGUCACUCACUUCCUAGACAAAGAGCUGACAGGCUUGAAUGAAGCUUUGCCCUUCUUCCUGCUUUUGAUCGACCUUUCUAGAGCGAGCGCACUAGCCAAGUUUGCCCUAAGUUCCAACUCACAGGAUGAAGUAAGGGAAAAUAUAGCUCGUGGAAUGGCAGUUCUGGGUCCCACAUUCACCCUUGAUGCUCUUGUGGAAUGUCUCGUCAUUGGAGCUGGCACCAUGUCAGGGGUGCGGCAGCUGGAAAUCAUGUGCUGUUUUGGCUGCAUGUCUGUGCUUGCCAACUACUUCGUGUUCAUGACCUUUUUCCCAGCUUGUGUGUCCCUGGUCCUAGAGCUUUCUCGGGAGAGCCGAGAGGGUCGUCCAAUUUGGCAGCUCAGCCAUUUUGCCUGAGUUUUGGAAGAAGAGGAGAAUAAGCCAAACCCUGUAACCCAAAGGGUCAAGAUGAUUAUGUCUUUAGGCUUGGUUCUCGUUCAUGCUCACAGUCGCUGGAUAGCUGAUCCCUCCCCUCAGAAUAGCACAACAGAACAUUCUAAGGUCUCCUUGGGACUGGAUGAAGAUGUGUCCAAGAGAAUUGAACCAAGUGUUUCUCUCUGGCAGUUUUAUCUCUCCAAGAUGAUCAGCAUGGACAUCGAACAAGUGAUUACCCUGAGUUUAGCUUUCCUGUUGGCCGUCAAAUACAUUUUCUUUGAACAAGCAGAGACAGAGUCAACACUCUCAUUAAAAAAUCCUAUUACAUCUCCUGUCGUGACCCCAAAGAAAGCCCAAGACAACUGUUGCAGACGGGAGCCUCUGCUUGUGAGAAGGAACCAGAAGCUUUCGUCAGUGGAGGAGGAGCUGGGAACGAACCAGGAUAGAAAAGUUGAGGUUAUAAAACCCUUAGUGGUGGAAGCGGAGACUGCAAGCAGAGCUACGUUUGUGCUUGGAGCCUCUGGAGCCAGCCCUCCCGUGGCACUGGAGACACAGGAGCCUGAAAUUGAACUCCCCAGCGAGCCUCGGCCUACUGAAGAAUGUCUGCAGAUCCUGGAGAGUGCUGAGAAAGGUGCAAAGUUCCUCAGUGAUGCAGAGAUCAUCCAGUUGGUCAAUGCCAAGCACAUCCCAGCCUACAAGUUGGAAACUCUAAUGGAGACUCAUGAACGUGGGGUAUCUAUUCGCCGGCAGCUCCUCUCCACAAAGCUUCCGGAGCCUUCUUCUCUGCAGUACCUGCCUUACAGAGAUUAUAAUUACUCUCUGGUGGGAGCUUGCUGUGAGAAUGUGAUUGGAUAUAUGCCCAUCCCUGUUGGAGUGGCAGGGCCCCUGUGCCUGGAUGGGAAAGAGUACCAGGUUCCAAUGGCAACAACGGAAGGCUGUCUUGUGGCCAGUACCAACAGAGGCUGCAGAGCGAUAGGUCUUGGUGGCGGUGCCAGCAGCCGGGUCCUUGCAGAUGGGAUGACCCGAGGCCCAGUGGUGCGACUUCCUCGUGCUUGUGACUCGGCAGAAGUGAAGGCCUGGCUUGAAACCCCAGAAGGCUUCGAAGUGAUAAAGGAGGCCUUCGAUAGCACCAGCAGAUUUGCACGUCUACAGAAACUUCAUGUGACUAUGGCAGGACGCAACCUAUACAUCCGUUUCCAGUCCAGGACGGGGGACGCCAUGGGGAUGAAUAUGAUUUCAAAGGGCACAGAGAAGGCACUUCUGAAGCUUCAAGAGUUCUUCCCUGAAAUGCAGAUUCUGGCAGUCAGUGGUAAUUACUGCACCGACAAGAAACCUGCCGCCAUAAACUGGAUCGAAGGGAGAGGGAAGACAGCUGUGUGUGAAGCUGUCAUUCCAGCCAAGGUGGUGAGGGAGGUAUUAAAGACGACAACGGAAGCGAUGAUUGACGUAAACAUUAGCAAGAACCUGGUGGGUUCUGCCAUGGCCGGGAGCAUAGGAGGUUAUAACGCCCACGCAGCGAACAUCGUCACUGCUAUCUACAUUGCAUGCGGCCAGGACGCAGCCCAGAAUGUGGGUAGUUCAAACUGUAUCACUUUAAUGGAAGCAAGCGGUCCCACCAAUGAAGACUUGUAUAUCAGCUGCACCAUGCCGUCUAUAGAGAUCGGAACCGUGGGUGGUGGGACCAACCUCCUACCUCAGCAAGCUUGUCUGCAGAUGCUCGGUGUUCAAGGAGCGUGCAAAGACAAUCCUGGAGAACAUGCACGGCAGCUUGCCCGAAUUGUGUGUGGUACUGUGAUGGCUGGGGAGUUGUCCUUGAUGGCAGCAUUGGCAGCAGGACAUCUUGUCAGAAGUCACAUGGUUCACAACAGAUCAAAGAUAAAUUUGCAAGAUCUGCAAGGAACGUGCACCAACAAGGCAGCCUGAGCAGCCUGACAGGACCGAACUAAACCCGGGCAUUGGGUUCUCAAGGACUAACAUGAAAUCUGUGAAUUAAAAAUCUCAAUGCAGUGUCUUGUGGAAGAUGAAUGGACGUGAUCAGUGAGGUGCCUGCCUGGUUUCUGGCUCUUUCAGAGACAUCUGAGGUCCUUUACAGAGACUCCUCAGAUCUGGAAACAGUGUGGUCCUUUCUAUGCUGUGUUCUGGAAAGAUCUCACAUGGAUUUAUGCUCUGAGCACCACGGAUGUGAUCUGCAGCUCGUUUCUGAAAGCCGCCACAAGCUGGAAACGGUGUUUGAUGAAAUGAUGGAGUUCAUGGUGA